UUUUUUUUAAAUCGGACGCAUUUUACCUAACCAUCCUGCCGGCUGAUGUUUUCAUAAGAAAGGACACGUGCCCAUAUGUCAUCUGCCCCACUUUUGAAACGAUACAUAACGUAAAUCUUAUCUGUCUUCUUCGUCAGAACGGCUAAAUGGCGGGGGCUUGGUGGAACAGUGCCGCUUGUACUCACGUCCUUGUGGCUCUCUUCGGAAUGGGCUCCUGGAUUUCAGUGAACUGUCUCUGGGUUGAGCUACCCGUCGUUGUCAACGUUCUGCCUGAAGGUCAGUACCUGAGUUUUCUUUUUUUAUGUUCUCUCAUUGUCAAUGCAUGGUACCCUCUUCAUUUAUAGCAUUCUAUAAUAAAUACUAUUGUUUUAGUCCUUUUACAGUAUUAUUAUUGAAUACAGAAACUGUUCCAUGAAGUCUAGGCUAAAAGACAGUAGCUUAAUCAGGCAGUGUAUUCUGAUUGACACUGACCAUUGUUUUCUAUAUGUAGGGUGGAUCCUGCCAGUCUAUCUGUCAGUACUGAUAGCCUUUGGGAAUAUAGGUCCGAUUGCUGUGACCAUAAUGCACCACUGUGCCCCAGGACAGUUAAACGAGCGCCUGGUCAUCCACUGUAUCCAGGUUCUAGCAGUGGUGGCAUCAAUCUUCCUAGCCAUCUUUUGGUCACAGGUGGCCACUGUGGCAGGGGAAGUGAGAUCAGUACCAUAUCUGCUGCUCACGUUCGUUUUGGCUCUGGUUUGCUGUACGUCCAAUGUCACCUUCUUGCCCUUCAUGUUCCGCUACCCCCCUCAAUACAUCCGCACAUUCUUUGUUGGCCAGGGGCUCAGUGCCCUGUUCCCAUGUGUUGUGGCUUUGGGGCAGGGUGUGGGGAAAUUGGAGUGCAAAAUGGAGAAUGGCACGGUACAGCCGCACUACCUGGAAGAAAACUUCCCUGCCCAGGACUUCUUUUGGUUCCUGUUUGUAAUGCUGACAAUCUCAGCCCUCUGCUUCAUGGCUUUGACGUGUAGAGAAAUAACAGAGCCAGCAUUACAGGAGGACACCCCAGAGCCUGAGAUGGUGACGACAAAGGAUAAUGGGGAGGAGACCCACCCGCUCCAGAAUGGAGGAACACCGGUGUCUGAGGACCAGGUGGAUUUGGAGAAAGCAGCCCCAGUCCAAACCUUCUGGACGCCACGCAACAUCUACCUGCUGGUGCUACUAGGUGUGUCCAACGCCCUGACCAACGGAGUCCUUCCCUCUGUCCAGAGCUUCUCCUGUCUGCCCUAUGGCACCAUGACCUAUCACCUCUCUGUGGUCCUUGGCAACAUUGCAAACCCACUAGCCUGCUUUGUGUCCAUGUUUGUCCUCUGCAGGUGAGUGGAUAUGACUGAGUUACACUGCAUGAUUAGUGUGUAGGCCUAUACCACAGUUAAUGUGUGUUGCACCCUCAUGUACAGUAAUUGAUUGAUAUAAAUAUUCAUAUUGCUGUAUGAAUAUUAUAAUGUAAAUAUGGACGGACUGUAGGCCUAGAUAUGGUUUGGAAUAAUUGUACAUGGUUUAUUAAUGUUGAAUCAGGUGAUAUUACUUCUGGGUGUGUUUUUCCUGUCUGUAUUGCAGGUCAUCUGUGGGUCUUGGUUUCAUGUCUGUAGCAGGUGGGGUCUUUGCAGCCUACCUCAUGGCUCUUGCAGUGCUCAGCCCCUGCCCUCCUCUCUUGGGGAACCCUGCUGGUGUAUCCUUGGUG